AUGGAUAAAAUAGAGAAUUAUCGAACAGCAACACUUCAAAGAAAGAAAGGUGAAACCUUCGGAUUUUCGCUUGGUCGCGCAAUUGAGGAUGGUGUUGAGUUUCGACUCGAUGAAGGUUUACCGACUUUACAUAAAAUUAUGAACGUAUUAAAAAAUGGCUACGCUCAUAAAGCUUCGUUGCGCAAUGAUGAUCGUUUGAUUGAAAUCAAUGGACAAGACGUGAAAUCCAAAUCUUUUGUAGAAUGUGUACGACUCCUUCAAAACACUGGAGAUACAGUAACAAUCAAAGUAAUUCGUUUGUCUGGAGAAAAUACGAUUAGCCUAUCUGUUCAACCAUCGAUUAUAAUUACUGCUGAACGUAGUGCAGAAAAACAAAAUCUUAACAUCAAUAUUCCUGACUUUUUAAAACCAAAUCGUUGCAUAUAUUCUAUCAAAGUUGAUUAUAAUGAUUCUUCAAUUAUUCAAUGCUUCGAAAUUCUUAAACCCUAUUGUCAAAAUCUAGAAGGUUUAGUGCAUCCCACAUUUAAUACUAUUGCUAAUGAGCCACUCGAUGCCAAUAUACUUUCUCAAAUUUUAAGCAAUCAAAUAUCACCAGCUGAAACUUUAACUGCAUACGUCGUUGAUAGUCUUAAACGACAUCAUGCUCUCAAUGAUAUAGUCGUUCUUCUAUCUGAAGCUCUUGAGUCAUUAGUUGAAUCUGGCACCGGCAAUAAAUAUGAAAUACUCGUCGAUCAACUCACCAAAAGAAUGUUACUUGUUCAGACUCUUGAAAAUAUGUCUUAUGAUAGUCAACGUUUUCUAUGUAAUUUCAUUCGGAAAAAUGAUUUACCUAUUCCAUUGUCAUAUCAAUUUUGGAAUUCAACAGAAAAAACAAUGUAUCAUCGAAUCAAUUUUAAUUGUCUGAUGGAAACAUUGUGCGUCACUGAUCUUCAUGUAGUUUUACAAUUUGGUAGUCCAUCGGCUUCUGGUUUAGGCAAAACAAGUCUCAUUGGAUAUUUAUUUAAUGAUAAACGUCGUGAGUCUUUCUUUACUGAUACAGCUGAUUGUUCAUGGCGAGAUGGUUGUGUCGACGUUCUCUUCGCUGAUCAAUUUACUAUUUUCGAUGUACAUGGUAAAGCAACAGAUACUAGGUUGAUUCGAUCAAUUCAACCUUACACUUAUGUUCAAAUUAUUUAUGUUACUGAAGAAGAUCUAAAUGGAGAUUUCUUAGAAUCAAAUGUUAUGAAAGUUGUUCCAAAUAUUCAAACUAUUGUAGUUGUUUUUGAUCGUAAUUAUGAUGAUGUUGAAUUAUCAAUGAAACUUAUUAAACAUUUUAAAGACAAAUUCACACAAUGGACUAAUAUACAAUGGACAUCGGCACCCAUGUUCAAUACAUACAAUAGUCUACCAACACGUAAGAUAGCACAACGAAAUAAGCGUUUACGUGAAAAAUUCGAUCAAUUAUUAAAACGAAUUAAAUCAUAUGUGCAAGAACCAUUAUUUCGAAGUUGUUUCCAAAUUCAAUCAUCCUUCUAUGAAAAAAACUCAAAUCUAACACCAAUCAAACUUGUGUUCGAAAUUGAAACUGAACUUGAUCAUCUUUUCUCACAACUUUCUGAUAAAACAGAAAAUCUUCUUCUUGUUACACCCAUCAGUUAUCAAAAAUCACAAAUUAAAGUAUCAAAUACAUCAUCGUAUGAAUCGCGACAACUUGAAAGAAUUGUAUCAAAUCUUACAGUAAAUGAUGUUUCUCGAAGUAUUCAAACAUCUAGUAUAAUCAAUAAAUAUCAUGCAUUUACCAUUUCAUUAUUGAAUCAUCGAACUUAUAUCGAAUUACUUAUUGUCGAAGCUUAUUUAGAAAAAUGGCGAGCAGCUUAUGUGCCAAGUUUGCGUAACAAACAGGAACAGUUACGUGAAAAUGCUUCAGCAAUUUUACGACAGUUAAAACACGCUGAACGAGAAAAUGCAACAUCAUCUGAAGCAACGGAUUUAUGUCAGCAAUAUGAAAUGUUACUUAAUCAACUGAGAAAUGUCGAUAGUUGUUUAAUGAAUGUUGAUUUAACAUUUGGUUUAUUUUGUGAUGAACUAUUUGCUUUAUGGGAUCAUAUUCAUAGAACACAAACAUCAAGUAAAAUAAAAAAUCUUCAAAACAAAUUCAAUCUUGUUGCCACGAAAUUAGCCGAACUUGUUUACAAAGGUUUUGCUUUACAUAUUCUUCGUGGUCGACCUUUACAAAGUCAUAGUCGAUUGUUAAAAAUGUGCAUGGAAAAAUUGAAUUUGGGAGAUUCUGUGAGUAUUCUAACUGUUGUUGGAGAACAAUCAUCGGCUAAGUCAUCUUUACUGAAUUCAACAUUUGGAUGCAAUUUUCGUGUUAGUGCUGGACGUUGCACCCUUGGAUUAUAUCUAGGUCUUGCAUAUUAUAAAAAUAUGACUAUUAUAAUUUUGGAUACUGAAGGACUCAUGUCAUUAGAAGAAUCAGGAUCAAUAUUUGAUAAUCAAAUGGUGACAAUGGCUGUACUUUCCUCCAAUCUUGUACUUAUCAAUCAUAAAGGUGAAAUAAGUUCGAGUCUUGAAGGUCUGAUUGGUAUGAGUUUGUAUGCUAAAAUUCAAAUUCAAAGUUCACCCUUCAAACCAAAACUUUUGUUUGUUUUACGUGAUCAAACUCAACGAGACAUGAAAAUUUUUCAACAACAACUUAAUAGAUUAAAGGAUAAUAUUCAAAGAAAUGGACAAUUUCUACAAAUGUCUAUUGAUGAUGAACUUGAAAUGAAACAUAUUAUUCUUAUGCCUGGAGCAUUUACAGAAGAUACUAAUCGUGAUUAUGGUAUUGUACAAAAAUGGCGUACGGAAACAUUCUCUAUGGAAAUUAAUAAACUUCGUACGAAUGUAUUCAAAUGUCUUGAAGAACAAAUAAAUGAAAAAGUAAAUAUGAAUUUUACUCAACGAAAUUUGUCGAAUUCUAUAAAUUCACGCAAAAACGUUGAUGCUUACUUCUACUCGAAGUUAACAACAAAUUGGAAAUCAAUUGAUGAUCUUGGGAAAGGCUUACUUCAAUGUCAGAGUCUAUAUGAAUUAAGUGUUCAAAAUGAACUUAAAUCUAUUGCUGCCAAUAUUAUUGUUGAACGACAAAAUCAACUACAAAGAAUAGGAAGUGAUUUAAUUGAAAAAUUGAUUAAAGAAAAGGAUCAACUGAUGAAUACGAAUUUAGAUACAAGCAAAAACUUAAAACCACAUUUGUGGCUUCAACAAAUUGUCCAAGAAGGAACUAUAAACUUAAGCAAACUUAUUAAUGAACAUGCUGAAAAUGCUUUAAAAGAUUAUGAAGAACAAACACAACAUAGUUACUUUAAACAUAUAAAAAAAUAUGAAAAAACAAUUCAAGCUAGUAUUAAAAAUAUGCAACAAUAUUUAUAUGAACACCUUGAAAUGCGUGUUUUAGAAAUGACAUUAAAAACAAUACAAGAUUAUUAUCGACGAGAAUUAUUGAAUAUAAAAGUAACCAUAAAAACAUCUAAUGAAUUUCCUAUGCGAUUAAAUCAACGUGUUCAAGAGCUCAAAAUUGAAAUCACUGAUAGUCUUCAAGCAUAUAAAAGAAGUAAAAAAACUAUUAUUAAAUCUGCUUUAGAUGUAUACAAGAAUGUUAUUCGAACUAAAAAUGAAAAUAAAUAUCGUAAUAAUACUUAUAAUCUAUGUCCACUACUUGACUAUAACAAAUAUCUUGAAAUUAUUCAAGAACUUGAUAUCAUCAUUAAUAAAUAUGUACAUAAAUACGUUGAACAGAAUGGACGUAGUAAUUCAUCACAAGCAACUAUUACUCCUCGAUCACCUUUCAUGACAGCUACGAAUAUAUCACCUUUUGCUUUUCCACUUGAAGAUCAAAAUGUAUUUCAUUGGUUGAAUAAUUUCAAUGCAUCGAGUAAGAAUCAACAAACAAUACAUUUCGUUUUUAGUGUACUACUUAAUCUAAUUAACGAUCGACUUGAUAUCUCUCCUUUACAUUUGGCAUAUUCAGAUCCAAAAAUGAUCGAUGACCUUAUUGAAAUAAUCAAUUGUGAACUUCGUUCAGCUAAAUUAGAUUUUAGUCAUAUUAAUAGACCUGCAUUGAUUCGUGAUCUUAUUAUUUUUACCUUAUAUAUGCUUGUUGAAAAAACAAAUCAACGAUUUGAAUUAAAAACAAAACAAUUAUUAACUGAAACAUUUAAUCAUCUUGAACAAGUGAAAGAAAAUCUUCUUGAACAAAUGAAUAAAGAUAAAAAAACAAAUAAUCAAGCUAACCUAUUUCGUCGUAUAAUUGGAAAAGAAAUUAUUUAUGAAUUAGGACGAAUAAAUCGACAAAAAUUAAUUGAAGAGAUUCGUACAAAACUUAAUGAAUAUUAUUCAAUCAAUCCAACUGAUAUUACUCGACAAAUUUAUUCUGAAAGUAUUGCUUCACAACCAAUUAAACCAUUAUCUAUAUUGAAGUUUGUCUCAGAUCCAAGUUAUUUUUGCUGGCAACAUAUUUAUUUGAUAACCAAGAGUUUUUCUCAAGAAUUGAUUCAUCUGUAUUCAGAUGAUAUUACUACAACAUUAACUGCAUAUAUGUUAUUGAUUAUGGACGUAGUCUUGAACAGCGAAUGUACUGACACUCAUGUACUACACAAUCAAGUACUUCAACAAAUUGUUUCUGCAAUACCCGACUUCCAAGCUUCACGUAAAAUUGAAAUCGAACGAAUAAUUGAAAAUCCUGAUCAAUUUCAAGAAUAUUUUAAAAAUCUUGAUUUAUUUCAAGGCGAAAUGGAUAAUGUUCUAUUACAAGAAUUGGCUAAAGUUCGAGAGGAAUUUAGUCAAGCAGUAAUUCCUGAAUGUUUUGAAACAUUAUUCUAUCAAUUAAUUGGUUGUACAUCACGUUGUCCUGGUUGUGGUAUCAAAUGUGAAUUACCAGCUAAAAUUGAUCCUUCGGAAGAACAUCAUCAUUGUAGUCAACAUCAUCUUCCUAUGGCUUUUAAUGGAUGGUCUCGUAAUAAACAACUUCAUCCGCAUUUAUCUAUGUGCUAUCAACAGUGGAAAACUAAAACAUUGUUUCGAGAUGAUAAUUCAAUGUCUAGUCCCGAAGAAUUUUUUUCAUCGGAAGCAUCUGAUUGGUAUAAAGAUGUUAAGAAGAAAAGUGAAACAGGAGAAGCCUGUUCUGAGCAAUACCCUCUAAUUGAACAACGUCGUGCAUGGAUGGCUGUGCGCUAUAAAUUGCUCAAAGAAUUUGAACUACAAGAUCCAGAAAACUAUCAUUCCGGUAUUUAUCCAACAACUAUUGUGAGUGUGCCAAACAAUAUUGAAGUAUUAUGGGAAUCAUUGUGA